CAUUAACCAUUUUGUUGUCUCCUUUUGCUUUGUCUGCUUGGAUUGUUUAUUUUAGGUCAUUUAUGUCAUCCGGAACCCCAAAGAUAUCUGCGUUUCUUACUAUCAUUUCUCCAAAAUCAUGGUCAGAUUUGUUACACCGAAGGACUUUGAUGAAUCGCUGGAUCGGUUCCUGAGUGGCAGGAUGGUCUCUGGAUCCUGGUUCGACCACGUCCGGGGAUGGUACACUCACAAAGAUGACUUUAACAUCCUCUUCUUAACCUAUGAGGAGAUGGUCAAGGAUCUGCGCUCCGCGGUGGUGAAGAUCAGCAAGUUCUUGGGGAAGAAUCUGGACGACUCAGCCAUUGACAGGAUCGUGCAGAAGACCACUUUCAAAAACAUGAAGGAGGACCCCAAAGCCAACUACGAGUUCAUGACAGAAGAUGUCCUGGACAAGAGCAAGGGGAGGUUUCUGCGCAAAGGUACCAUCGGCGACUGGAAGAACAGUUUCACCGUGGCGCAGAAUGAGCGCUUUGACCAGGUGUACCGGGAGAAGAUGAAAGGGCUCCCCCUGCAGUUCAUCUGGGAUAUCACCGAGCUGCAGGCCUGAGGCGCCGGCCCUGUUGCCCGGGCAACGGCUGUGGAAGGGGGCGUGUCUCACAUUGCUUUCUGGGCGUCCAAGCAAAUGACCAAAUCCAUACUGUGAUCAAGCUCAUUUUUUGUCUUUCUAGACAACGAUUCCCAAAUUGUUCUCCAAGAAGUUCUGGAAGUCUCUCAGGCAGCUCUGUGAAGUCGCCCCCCUACAAACAGCACACACACAAUGAGACACAGCACAGACCAGUCUCAUUCGGUAGCGAUCAGCCAGUGCUGAUCUGUACUGCUGCAAGCAGCACCCGAGAUGGUUUAGUUUCCCAAAUAUAGCGCCGUCCUUAGUGGGGAGUCACAUGACUCUUGGUGCUGUCAUGGGGGUGGGUGGGGAGAGUUGGAGUUGAGUAAUGUUAUACCCCCAGAAAAGAAGGCGCUACUGUAUAUCCCUGGAACAAUAAACGGCAAUAAAGGACAAGAAUGAAA